AUGACGCUGUCGGUGGCGAGCUCGUACGCGACGCCGUGGUUCCCGGACGACGCCUCGUCGCUGUCGGCGGACCCGUGCUUGGUCACGACGGGGUCGCGCGGCCACGCCGGCCUGCUGCUGCGCCGGUUUAUCCGCGACGCGGACCACUACGCGGAGGAGCCCACGGGCGGGGCCGCGGCGUUCGACCCGCUCGAGCUGCAGGACGACUCCUUCGUCAACUUCAGCGUCGGCAACUUCGACAAGAAGGCGAGGGAGGGCGACGCGCAGCGCAGCGUGGUGGUACAGAGAAUCACCGCCAGGAGCAGCCACAGAAGCAGCCACAGGAGCAGCAGCCAGGAGAGCGGCAAAAGCAGCAGGAGGUGGAGGAUGGGGAGGAAGGGCGGGUCGCGCCCGCUGCUGAAGAAGGACACAUUCUUCAUGCCGGUCAUGAGGUGCUUUGUUUGA